ACAAUGGGGUUGUGAUCUCAGUUGGGGCAUCUGAGUACUAUUGCAAUACAAAUAAAAUAACUCCUAUUUUUAUAAGUAUGCAAUUGAAUGUGAUGUGCAAGCACAAAAUAUGCUUUUAAAUCUUUACAACUUUGACAAUCAACAGCCAGUUUUUACAAAUUACCAGCAGGUGGACAACUCCGUGCUUGCCAAAUGUUCAGAUUCUAAAUCUACUCUUCAAAAGAUAUUGUAAAAGUAUCUUAAAACGUAGUCCUCGUUCUCUUAAAGUUGAUUACAACUUUUUUUCCUUAAAAAGUGCAAACAACUGAAAAUAACAUUUUCAAUAAUAUCUUGGAAUUAUACUAUAUCUAUAAUGUUCCUUAUUACCAUCGCAAUUUAAAAUCUUGCUAAACAGCAAAUAGGAAGACAAACAAAUAAGGAGAAAUGUGGUAUGCACAAUAGGCUGAAACAGGAGUGUUGACCAAAUAUUAAAAUUCCUGCUUAUGAUGGAGGUAGGGAUCACUGCAAAUUUGUUUAAUUCCUGGGUUGUAUGGACUACACUAAAGAUAGAAUGAUUAUUUCAGUCUCCACAUCUAUUUAGUCCUUAUUGUGUUCAUCUGCCAAGUGGCACAGUUGAAAAGAAAAUGUCCUUUAAGAACCAAAGGGAGAUUAAAAAUCACUGUCUUGCUAGAAAGAGACUGAAGUAAUCAGAUUUUAGAUGUUUGAGGACAUUUUUGUCUAUUUACCUGUGACAAAAAUGAGAACUUUUAUAUUGAGUGCUCCACAGUAGCUGACACUAAAAAAUAAAUGCCCCCCUUAUUGCCAAACUACUGUAAGAUAAUUAGCUAAGCCUUAGACUUUAUUCUUAUUUACAUAAAUUUAAGUUCAUUUUAAGGGUGCUUAUUUUUGUAUCUAUUACUGUAUAUUUUCCUAUUACAUAGUUUUAUCUGCUAUUUUUCACUUCCUUUCUCAUUUUUGCUAUGAUCACCCCUUCCCCAACGGAAGUGUCAAAGGGGAGAUAAUUCAGCUGACCUGUACUUUGAAUGACUGUGAAGGCUGAUGAUGCUAGUACAUACAUAAUAAGAAAAUAGUCACGGCACGCAUAACCAAUGCCCUAACUGAAGUCAUAUUUCCUAACAGGAAGUAUGUACAUAUAUUUUAGAAGUCCAGUUUGUUGUUUUCUAAUUACUUUUUCUUCUUUUGCUGGUUGUAAUCCUGGUGGAGUUUUUAUGACCUGUUGCUUAGCAACUUUUAUCAACAGCAGCAAAGCAUUUUCAUUUUCCUUAACCUUAUGAAAGUUAGGUUCAGUCACCUCUAGCACUCAUCAGCAGAGGAAAGUUGUUCCUAAUGUAAUGUACAGUUUCUGCUCAGAAUCCAUGAGCUGCACCUAGGAUGAGCUAUCUCUUUUUAGCUCCUGAACUGCCUUUGCCAUUUAGUCCCCUUUCCCCUCAAGCUUUUGAAGAAAUCCAGCGCCAUGCCGGGGAAGCGUGGAAACGAGAAGCUCAAAGGCAGGCCAACUGUGCAACAACAUAUUCUGCUAGUUAUGGAAAAAAGGAACUGCCUGAACCUGCAAGCUGGAGGGCCAAACCUUCCUCUCCUACCAGGAUAAACAGACCUCAUCCACCAGAAGUGUUUAUGGUAAACAAGCUUCACUAUAUACCUGGCUGUUAUGACAGCGAUAAACAAACUGCUGCAGCUGACAAAGGCAAAUGCUAUGAAUAUCCUGGUUACAGAGAGGAUUCAAAAUAUGUCAGGCAACGGAUAGUGUAUCAAAAUAUGCACUGUGGGCCUUCAAAGGCACAUCAGGCAGCUCAGAACUGGAUAAAAGAUGCCAGUGAAAAUGGCGGCAGAACUAUUGAGAAAAUGAAAAAUGUUGCAGCUGAAAGUCAGAAGAUGCAGACUGUGCCACACAAGACACAUACCCACACCUGUUCUGUGACUUACCAGGAGAGUAACAAGCCUGAGUUUGUUGUUUCAAUGAAUCACUGGUUGAAGAAAGCUGGAAGAGAAGAAACAGCUGAAGUGGAGAAAGCAAGGCAAUCUUUUCUCACACACAACUGAUUAUGCAGCCAGGGCCACAUAAGAAAUAGAAGCACCUUCUUAGAACAUAACUAGUUACCAAUUGAUGCAGGAGCAGAAUUAAACACAAGACUGAAAGAGCAUGAUAAAGGAUAGUCAUGUUCACUACUAGGUGCUAGCAUGGUACCCAAAGAUUAGGAUAUUUGCUCUAGAAAUACAGCCAAGAAUUUUCCAGCUGAUUAGAAGUUUAUACCAUGUCUUGAUUUGCACUGAAGAUUGCUAUGAAUAAGAUAAUUCCUUCAUUACUGUGGUUUAAUAGUCUAUUCUAACUUCAUUUUAAAGUGUCAAGCUUUUUUUUCUGAUAACUUAUGCCCUCACCUCCCUGGCUCCUAGCAAAUUGUCAGACCUUGGAUCUGUGCAAAUGUUUCUCCUCUCUCCAGUACAUCUGAAUGUCUUAAUGGCAUUAUCUUUUUUUUUUUUUUAAUUGUUGAUCUUUACAAGAUUUGACAAAAUAUACACGCUGUGUUGAAUGACAGAAAAAUUCACAUUAUUUCACCAGAAAGUACUAAAUCAGUGUUUCUUAAACUUUUUAAGACUGAGGAACACCAAACAAUA